AUGACCACCGAAUUCCGUAUGCCCAUCCAUCAGGGUCCUCCUGCUCGGAAACCAAUGCCCAGCCAACAAGCCGGUUACCCUUACCAGGCCUAUGAUGCCCCGCGCAACCUCGCGCCUCACUCCGCCUACCCACAAACCACCCACAGCCGCACUCGCACUACUUCAUCCCACGUGCUCCCCGCCUACGCCUCGAAUUCCCAACAGCAAUACCAAGGUAUCCCUGGCCCUGCCGUCUCGCCGCAUACAAUGGCCCCUCCUAUCGGGUACCCUUCGUCCCGCCGCAUGUCCAGCACAACUACUUCGACCAACUCGACCGGCAACAUGCCCCAAGGUGGACCCGAUAUCCGACGGAGCGCUUCCAACCGCUCAGCCAGCUCGCAACUUGGAUAUGUCGCCCUCAUGCGCCGACAAAAGGCGACCGUGUGGUGCGAUCGAGCACAGCCCGAGGACGCCCGAAUGCGGGAACAGGCUCUGCGGGAUAAGAAGAGAGCUUACCUCGAGGUUCAUGGCGCCGGGCGCUCAUCAACCAUCGCAAGUGGCAAGAUUCGACACGGAACCAAGGCUGGCAUGGACUUCUCCCCGUCGAACCUGGUUGGUGCUAAGGUGCCGGUUCGUCUAAGUGCCAACGAAAUCGGUGAGGAGGAUGAUGAUGCCCGCAGCAACGAGGAGCGAGGCAUGCACCGGAGGACUGGCAGUGGCCGCAGUUCUCUCGGAAGCAACCGUGGAAGCAACCGAUACCCUAGUGGUUAUCAGCGCCAGCAGACCAUGGGAAGCAACAGCACACCUCCGAAUGAGAAGUCUGAUCUCCCUGGUGUCUCUGAGAACACACCCGCCGAGAAACAUGCAGAAGAGAAGAGCCGACUGUCAUCAUUGGUCAAGGACGAUGCCGCUACAACACACACGACAAAUAGUAGCGAGCAAGAAGACUUUGUACCAGACAUGGAAGCUCCAAGUGCAGUCGUGACGGCUGCCCAAAAAGCCAAAAAGGCAGAUGACCUACGGCGACGAGGCAGUGUUGAUGAUCGCACUACAUCAAUGACCAAUGUGCGGUUAUUCGUCGCAAACCCAGACCUGAGCGAUUAA